CAGCCGAGGCAGUUGACGUUGAGAUUCUCGUCCGAUUGCAAGAUCACCCUAUGGCUUUCUGUUUUGGUUUUGUGAGUUUACCAACCGAUGAAGGAUAGUUUAGUUGCCAGUCGAGGCAGAUCGACUGCUUAGCUCCGUCUCUAGUACAGGUGAGCCAGUUCUUUGACUUUGAUAUCAAGUGAAAAAGACCAAGAUGGUAUCAGUGAAGAGCUUGGUGAUGCGUGGUGUGAUUUUAUUUACCCUUGGAGUAUUUUUCUUCCUUGUACUCAAUAUCUUGCAAGUCCAACGUCAAGUAACCGUCUUUCCACCUGAGGUCCUCGCCUCUCUCUUCUCAUCAGCCUGGUGGGUAGCGCCAAGCUGUGGUAUUGCUGCAGCUGUUAUAGGCUUGCUGUAUCCUUGCUUGGACAAGCGUCUAGGUGAAGACAUGCACAUAAGAGAAUGGUCCAGUGUGAUGCGUUGUGUAGCUGUCUUCGUUGGAAUCAACCAUGCCAGUGCUAAAAUUGACUUUGCCAACAACGUUCAGUUGUCAGUAAGUUUGGCAGCCAUGUCAAUAGGCUUGUGGUGGUUGUUUGAUCGAUCACGCAGUGGAUUUGGGCUUGGAGUUGGCAUUGCUGUGCUAGCAACAUUCGUCACACAGCUUCUGGUCUACAAUGAUAUAUGCAGGUCGGCAGAGUACACAGAGCCUGAUUUCCUGUUUGUUCGUUCUUGGCUGCCAUGUGUCUUCUUCUCGGGAGGUGUUACCAUGGGAAACAUUGGUCGACAACUAGCAGCACAUGACUCAGAUAUGGAAACAUCAAAACCCAAGGAAGACUGAUAAAAUGACCAUUCUGCUGGAAGGAAAAACAUGAUCUUGCCAGGUUGUUCAUCAAGUCAUCUUUUGCCAGCUGGACUGCAUUGUGAUAACUAGCACAUUGGGGGCAUGGCAGAUAAAGAAUCGCCUGGUAGAACACUUUGUCAUAGCCACAGUAUGUGACACAGGCAUGGAAAUAUUAAAAAUGGAAAAUCGCAUGUGCAGUUGAUUUGGUACAGUGUAAUAAUAUCGACCAGUAAUGAAGAAUUCCAGCAUAAAGAUAAGCUAUUUGAGUUUUAGGCACAUUAUUGCCAAUGCAGUAAGGUCUUUUACUCCAUUUAGGCAAUCAUUGUGCCAGCCAUGCCAAAUUCUUACAAGCUGGACUAAGCAGGAUUCCACCUCCUAGCAACCUACGUUUUCACUGAAUCGACAUCAUGACUGCUUUCCAUACGUUUGUGAUGUGGUGGCAAGUCUUUAUUGGAUUUACCACAGAUCUGAUAUAUCAGGGAUAAAUCAUUUUGCACGAAAGUUUUACUUGACUGGGAGCAAUUUCUUGCCUCAUUGCAUCAGGCAGUCGUGCUGGAGAAAAAAAAACAACACAAGAUUUUAAAAGUAAUUUGAUUUUGUUGGUGACUUUUUAUUCCAUUUCAUAUAAAUGCAAUUCAGUUACCCCCAUGCAAGUAGGGUGUAGUCUGUGGCAGUUGUAACCAGCUGUAAUAAUUACAGUACAACUGUUUUCACUAUCCAAGUUUAGUUCCUUGUUCUCACCUGGUCUUUGUUAACUGACACAUGGUUAGAGUUUGUGUAAAAGCUCCAAUCGAACUUGAAGUAGUAUUUCAUCACCGGUGUAUGUGUAAUUUAUGAACUAUAAUGAGAUUGUGGAGAAUGUUUCACAAUAGAUGUAUGGUUGGUCUUGAAAGUUGUGAGACUGUACAAGAAAAAAGGUUCUGCCAUGUUUUAUUUCACUUUUGUGUGCAUGUUCAUAUUGUCAUCUAGUUUUUGGUCUCUGCUGCAAAAGACAUUGGUAUAAACCACAGGUUUUAAGGUUGGUAAUGGUGGCAUAAUUUCCUGUUGUCUGCUCCAUCACCUUCAUGUCUGCUGGUGCAUUUUAUAUUUGAAUGCUUUUUUUUUUUUUUUUUAAUUUAACAAAAGUUUGCAUGUAACCAAAUUAUGAGUUUAUGAUUGUCUAUUAUUGUGAUAUGCAAGUGCAUAGCAAAAUUUUGAAGUGUUGUGGAUGGGGUUGCAGUUGUUUCCACAUAGAGUACCAUUUUGUACAUACUUGGAACAGUUAAAUUUUCUGGUUAACAAUAUUUUGCUGGAAUUUAAGUGUUGACUGAUAGAAAGCAUUGAUAAUGACAGGUUUUUAUUCAUAUUGGUGAUGGACAGUUAUAAGUAGUAUAUAGUCCACUUAUUUUAAAGGUAAGAAAAAAAUAUAUUAUUAAAAAUCGAAAAGUAGCCUCAAGAUUCUUGCAAGCGCACAGCGCAUGCUGCUUUGCUGGAGUAAACAAAAUUUUGAAUCUCA